AUGAAGGCCUUUUCACUUUCCCUACUCCUCGGUGCCUUUCUCUCCCGCACUGACGCUGCUGAGCAGAAACACAUCGAUGAUGCCUGUAGUGAUGUUUGGGGAGUCAUCGGCUGUAGUAGCACUGUCACGUAUCCCGACUACCCAAAACCCAUUUAUAACAAUGGUGUCCAGAUUGAUACAGAAAUUGUAACCAAGGACGUGGAUAUCUGCAGCGCUGUCGAUGAGGCACUUGGCAGUAACGACUUCGUGAAUAACGCCGAAACGUAUUGCUCUUGUCUCUCAAAUGCCAUUUACUGGGGCACCAAUUCAAAUGCCAAACCCAACUACGAUGGCCAGAUCAAUGCACACUUAACGGGGCCGUAUCUUGACUUGAUAUCCAAGGAUGAAACAUGUCUUUCAGACAAUGGAUAUAACGUAAUGACAGACAGAGCAUCGGUGGUUAGGAGCCAGCUUACAGCUACAAAUGGCUGGACCAUCAUUCGAGCCCCCGAGAUUGACGUGGCAACGUACAGAAAGCUCGCCAAAGCAGUCAUGUCCUGCUACACUGGAACAUGUGAUGGACCGAAAGUUCGUGCCUUUUUCGCCAGCUACGUUCAGAACUCAUACAGUGUCACCGAAAGCGAUUUUGUUGGGAUGCUCAACAAAUGGGGUACCUUGUUUGAUACUCUCAAGAAGAAGACGACAGAUGUACAGACCUAUUCGAAGCAAGUUCAAGCGCGUCUCAAGACUGUUUCCACCAAAGUCAACUCAGUCAAGGCCAAUGUCUGUAAAAACAAUGCCUGUAAAGGGGCGACGCCAGCCAACGCGUUCAAGAAGUAUGCAAGCACGAUCGCAACAGUCAAGAGUCUACAAGGUGUUCCUAGUGCUGCAGGGAAGUCGCUUGUAAACAUCCCCAAGAUGAAGCAGAUUACACAGAAUGCCAUCAAGUACACCACAACCCCGGCAGAUGAAGCGUAUUAUCUUAAUUUGAUGACUGAAUAUCACGUCAACUCUUUGAGAGACGUCAUCAAGGCCUUCAGGGUGACUCAAUAUCUCCCCCAGGCAGCAGACGACUUGAAGAAGCUCACAGGGACUUUCAACCUCAUCAGCAACCAUGCAGGCGCCGCAAAGACUGCUGCUACGUCCAUCAAUCAGAUCCUGUCUGUUAACUGGGCUAAGAAUUCUGAGCUUUCCAAGACGGCAUCUGGUCGCAAAGUCCGUGAUGGUCUUAUCAAUAUCCAGAAGAGCUUUAGGAAUGAUCUGAAAGGCCCCCUUGACAAUCUCAUCAAGGCCAACAAAGCAGUAGAAGACAUCCUCGUUCAGCUACCGCUUCGGAAAAAGAGACUCGAAUUUUCGUCGGGUGGUGUCUCUUACAGCCGCUGGAUUGAGGCUAAAAUGCCUGUGCCGUGCAAAAAAGAGAAGACAUAUUCUAAGACCAUCGGGGGCUUCUCGGCGAGUAUGAUCUACGAGGAAAUCCAGGCUUGUGAGUUUGGUCCGCAAAAGGUUCCAUUCAUUAAAACUGUCAUUCCAUAUAUGAAGUACCGCUUUGUUUGA